AUGCUUCAGAUGGUCUGUAAAGCAUUCCGCUGGCUUCCUGCGCGUUUGCGGGGAGCGCUCUUCAAUCUGAAUGCACACCUGCGAGGGUUCGUUCUUGAACCUGAUAAGUUCCGCCAACGUAUGCAGGAUUGCGACGCCAUAAUCUCGCGCGGGUUCGCGCUCAACUUCUUUGUCCGUGGAUGUUCGCAGACUCUGUAUUUGGAUGUCUUCACACAAUACAUCACAGAGGAGGAGAGCUAUGUCACCAGUUCAAUGCAGGACGCAACUGACGAGCGAGAUAGAGACAUACACGGCAUCCUCCUGCUUCAAAAUCUUGAGCGCAAAACGACAAUCCGCAUCGUUCAGACUGCAUCAUUUCCCCUGUUAACCAUCUUGCAAACCUCCUACACAACUGCAGACCUUAAUUUCAUACUCUGCGACAAGGCAUACUCGCUCUUUCCAGCCCUAACCAUACAAAAGCAUGUGUUUUAUCCUUUAAGAGACUUGGACAAUGAAGGUGGUCGCAGGCUGGUCGAGUAUGCGCACCAAGGAUGGACAAAUCGUGAUUUCAAUUGGGCGGACUGGUCAUCUGAAGGUUUGAAAGGUCUGGGCUAUCGGCGCAUAGGCAAUAAGUUAUCCCUAGUUGUGCAUCUUCAAGACGGCGUCGGUACACCCUCUUCCACACUUUCCCACUUUAUCGAGCACUCCCGUUGCGAGAUCACGCAUGUGUCUCUAUCCGCUCAUUUCGGGAACAACACGCGCAGACGAAGAAACCUUAAUGCCAGUUACCACGUGCUGACCCUGACGGCGAAGAAGAUUUCUUCCUAUUCUCUGCGCCGUCCACUUACGGAUGGACAAUUCAGUGGUUGGGAGGACUUUGUCAGAGAACGCCUUAGCAGAUGGACCCGCGCAGAGCUUUUCAAGAUGGAGCCUGGAGCUCGGCCAGCUGCCUUUGAUCCCGCGGCUUCUUCAAUUGUAUUUGACGAAAACGACUUGCAAACUUUCACACAGCCCCUCUCUUGGGACUACGCGGAUGACCAGCUUCCACGCUGGUAUGCAGAGUGGGAAAGGAUGCGACGAGAGGUCUAA